AUGCUUGCUGCAGCUGCGUUUAUUCAUUCCCCCGAUAAAUGCUAUCCCGGCUGCCUGUCGCACCGCGAAUUGAGGCGGACAUUCUUCCAAAAGUCUAAGAUGAUUUACGAGAGCAACCUGGGGGCAGAGGCGGAUACUAUCACACAAAUACAGUCCCUGUUGUUGAUGAGCUCGUGGCAAGAUGAGGGUGACUAUGCAAAAGACUCCCAUUACUGGCUCAGUCUCGCCAUAUCCACAGCCCAGCGGCUCGGACUACAUCAAAGGUCAAGUGCGCCACAUUCUCCACUCCAUCGACGGCUAUGGUGGUGUAUCUAUCUCCAAGAUAUCCGCAUUAGCCUCGCUCUACGCAGACCGAGACAGAUCAAAGACGAGGAUAGUACGGUCGAGCCUCUGACAGAAGAGGAUUUAUGCUGCUGCUUCGUCAGUGACAGGGUCUUUCCCGCACUGGCGUCGCUACAGUCAAUGCUUGAUUCUAGAAACCAGCAUGCAAUCAUCCGCCAGUUCUUACUCGCUGUGCAACUGGGACUUCAGGCUGGGAAGGUCUUGGAUGAUUUUUAUCAUGCAUCAUGGACACAGACUAUCGAUCCGCAAUUGCCUCUGCUCUUACAGCCAAACACAUCAAUCACCUUGACGAUGGGGGUGUCUACAGAAGGCUCCCUUGACUCUGCCGCAAGGGUACCCGGGGCCAAUUCAUUUGAGCUAAGGGAAGAACUAACCGCUAUCAACUCAGAGGACGAUCUCAGGAGAGUUUCAUUGGCCGUACAGCGGAUGGACUAUUAUCUACUACACCGUUCGGCACUCUGCUACCUCUUUCGGUCCUUAGACUUUUCGCCACAGACAAGUUGCUCCGUGUGGAAUGUCAGAUUGUCAGACGCGGCACGCGACAUUACAUCAAUUGUCGAAUUGUUUCGCCACCGUCUUGACGUUAUUUUGGUGCCUGGUAUUGCUGUCACCGCACUCAGUCUAGCGAAGGAGGUGCAUGCGAUGGAAUUGAAAUCUGCCAGAGGCAACAACAAGAUGCACCCAUUGUCUAUGUUCAGGCUGUGCGAGCGCACUUUGAAAAGUCUCUACGAAACGUAUCCCGCUGCGAUAUCACAGAGUGGUCUGCCCUGA